CAGUUCAAUUUGUAUAUUAAAGAAAAUGACGCCUCAACAUGUUCGGAUGAUUAACUAUUAUGCGUUUCACAUAUUUCUAGUGCUCUGCAUGGUACAUCCAUUGUUAACUUUAAAAAUCGAAAAGCAAAAUUCUAUUGUCUGCGAGGAAGGCGCUGUGAAAGAAGAUCCGUCAGAUUGCGCUAGUUAUUUUCAAUGUCUAGAUGGAAAAACUGUGAAGCAGAGAUGCCACAGUGAAAGCUACUUUGAUCCAGCAUGGGAAGUCUGCGUGAUCGAUGUUGAUGGAAUCUGUAAGCCUAUCACUGUCAACUGUACGGAAGGCGACCUGGAAGAAAACCCCAAAAACAGUUGUGGUUACUUAAAAUGUUUAAACGGAAGCCUUGUGGAAGUGAAUUGUACCAGUGGAAGCUAUUUUAAUACAACUUUGAAUAUCUGCCUUAUCGAUGAGAAUGGAGUCUGCUCAUCGAUUCCUGAAGAAUGCAUCGAUGGAGAGAUUACGGUAGAUCCUGAAGACCCUUGUGGGUAUCUGAAAUGUGUAAACGAAAGCCUUGUAAAAGUGAACUGUUCCAGUGGAAGUUAUUUUAACUCAACUUUGGAUAUCUGCCUUGUCGAUGAGAAUGGAGUCUGCUCAUCGAUUCCUGAAGAAUGCAUCGAUGGAGAGAUUACGGUAGAUCCUGAAGACCCUUGUGGCUACUUGAAAUGUGUAAACGAAAGCCUUGUAAAAGUGAACUGUACCAGUGGAAGUUAUUUCAAUUCAACUUUGAAUAUCUGCCUUAUCGAUGAGAAUGGAGUCUGCUCAUCGAUUCCUGAAGACUGCAUCGAUGGAGAGAUUAAGGAGGAUCCCGAAGACCCUUGUGGGUAUCUGAAAUGUGUAAACGGAAGCCUUGCGGAAGUGAAUUGUACCAGUGGAAGUUAUUUCAAUUCAACUUUGAAUAUCUGCCUUAUCGAUGAGAAUGGAGUCUGCUCAUCGAUUCCUGAAGACUGCAUCGAUGGAGAGAUUAAGGAGGAUCCCGAAGACCCUUGUGGGUAUCUGAAAUGUGUAAACGAAAGCCUUGUUAAAGUGAACUGUACCAGUGGAAGUUACUUCAAUUCAACUUUGAAUAUCUGCCUUAUCGAUGAGAAUGGAGUCUGUUCUUCGAUCUCAGAAAAGUGUAUUGAAGGAGAAAUUGAGGAAAAUCCAGAAGACUCUUGUGGCUACUUGCAAUGUCUAAACGGAAGUCUUGAGAUAGUGAACUGUAGUAGUGGAAGUUAUUUUAAUUCUACUUUGCAGACUUGUCUUAUCGAUGAGAAUGGCGUCUGUUCUUUAAUUUCUGAAAGUUGUAUUGAAGGUGAGCUCCAAGAAGAUACCAAAGAGUGUAGCGGAUAUUUGCAGUGUAUCAAUGGCGAAAUGGUAAAUCAACUUUGUUCAUAUGGCUACUAUUUUCAUUCAGAAUUGAAAAGUUGCGUCGUUGACAAUAAUGGUGUUUGUACACCCAUAACUGAGAAUUGUGAGGAAGGUGAUCGGGAGACAGAUGCUGAAGAUUGCACAAUGUAUGUGGAGUGCAUAGAUGGUGAUUUUGUUGCACAAAAGUGUGCAAAGGGAAGUUACUUUGAAUUCAGAAUUAAGGCAUGUGUUAUCGAUGAAAAUUUUGUGUGUAUUCCUCAUGUGGACUAACUGAAAAUUAAAUAAAAUAAUUCGUUACAUUAUGA